CCGCCUCGCUCUAGCGGCGAGCAUGAGGAAUGUCUCCCGCCGUGGCGCUACUGUGCUCCUGCUCCGUGUUUGUCAGUCUCGAAAUCCGAGGGAGAGGAGCGAGCCGCCAUUUUCCGAGCGUCGCUCCCCCAGGAACAACAAAAAAACAACCCACGCAAACCGGGAAAAAAGGGCACCAGAUCGGCUCGGGAGACGAGACUUUCGAAAAAUCGAAAAUAAAAGAAAAUAAAGCUGUUGAAAUACGAUCGCGUCUGGACUGGAAAGCACCCUGUUUUCCGUGUCUUUUGUAAAGCUAGCUAGCCAUCUAACUCGAUUUCUUACUCGUUGUUUCGCCCAUUUCGCGACUCGAAGAGCAACAACGGCUGCUGCUGAAAUCGGAGCUAUUGUAUACGGAUCCUACUGGCGAGUGGUUUGCGCCUUUAUUGCGUUACAUUUUUAUUUUUUGUGUAUGCUUUUAUUUUCGUCCAAACUGCGGGGAUUUGUUAAAUUUCCUCGGACUCUGUUACUCAUCACGUGGCUGUCUUCUGGUGGGGCAGUAGGUGGGUGGUGUGGUGCUGGCCUCAGCACUGAGAGAGGCCACUGCGCCCAUCUCCCCGCACUGCAUGGCUGCGAUGGCACCCGCGCUCACCGACGCGCCGGCCGAAGCUCACCACAUGCGCUUCAAACUGGCCCCCCCAUCCUCCACGCUGUCUCCGGGCAGCGUGGAGAACAACAGCAACGCCAACAACAUCCUCGUCGCCAGCAAUGGCACCGUCAAGCGCCGUCCGUCCCUCCCCGCCGGCGAAGAGUGCCCCCGGGACUUCCGGGGCGGCGGCAAGGAGGAGCCGCCACAUGCCGAGACCGUGCCUGCGGCCCUGGGCAAGCUGCAGCCACUAGUGACCUCUUACCUGUGCUCUGACAUGACUUCUGUUGCUUCCUCAAAAGACUCCCUCAAGAUUCAAGGCGUCCUCAUCAAGCAGUCGGUCCUUAAGAGCCAAGGCAUCUUGCAGUCCCCCUAUUUCAGCGGCGACGACUUCUUGCGCAGAAAGCAGACCCUGGAGCGCUCGGCCGACCAGCCGAAGGGCUUCAUGAGCGCCGGCGUCCAAUCUGCCGCCCCCCAGGUCCCCGUCAAUGGUCUGACCAAAAAGCUGGCCACCCCAAGCACUGAACAGGACGGUGCUUCUUUAGUGAAUGGGAGUAGAGCCCCCGUCAGCCCUGACGCCCCUCUGCCGUCCGCGACAGAGGUUCGUAAGAGCGAUCUGGCGGUUUGCAUCUUGCACAAGGGAGGAGUGGAGCAGCGACCCACAGACUUUUCUACGGGCGAUGACCCAGGGCAAACCGAUCCGCCCUCGCCCUGCGCAGACGCGGCCCAGGAGCCCCCAACAGAGAGGUCGCCCAAACACCAGCCGUCGCUUGCCGCAGCUGAAGGGGAAGCGGCUUGCGACGGACCAACCAUGCCCAACGCAUUCCCUCUCCCCCCACGCAGUCUGGACCUCGAGAUAUCGGACAGAACCCUGCUGAGCCAGAACCGCCAGAAUGAGAUCAAGGGGCGGCUGCACCGCCUGCGCAAGCGGCUGCAGGUGGUGCAGGCCAAGCAGGUGGAGCGGCAUGUCCAGCAGCAGCUGGGCGGCUUCUUGCAGACCGCAUUAAACAAGUCCGACGGCCCGCGUAACCGUAGCCACGCCUCUUCCCGCCAGGAGGUGGCGCAGCGCUGGCCAGCAGAUGGCCUUGGCUUGUUCCUGAAGAAUGGCUCAGUUUCUGGCGAGCUUGAGCGCUUCGUCCUGAGCAGCAGCACCCUGCUGCAUGCCGCCGAGGACGCCUUCGACUCGGACGUGACCGAGAGUAGUUCGGGCGGAGAGACGGACGUGGAGGAGGAGGAGCUGACCAAGGUGGACGUCGAACAGCGACACGUCCCACUGUGGAGGCGGGCCGAAGGGCGAUACGCUUUGGAGCGGGCGUCCAUCAUUUGCCACUGGAACUGGCUGCAGGCCCAGGUUUCCGACUUGGAGUACCGCAUCCGUCAACAGACUGACAUCUAUCGGCAGAUUCGCUCCAACAAGGGCACGGUGACACUUGGGGACGCUGUUGCCUGUGAUGUGUCCACGGAGGAUGGCAUGAAGUCGGAGCCAGUGUCUUGCCCAGUCACACGAGUUCCCGGGUCUAGCGGAGCAGGAUUCUUGGGCUUGGCUCACGGUCCCCUGUCAAAAGCAUGCGCAUCUGAGAGGCCAGUUAAUGGGAUGGUCAACAGUGUCCCGGAUGCCGAAUCGCCAGACAACUCGGACGCAGAGGAGCUACUCGGCAAAAAGCAGCAGCUCCUGCCUCUGGCCGCCUCCCAGGACGCGUCCUGCGUGGCGGCUCGCACGAGGCCCGUGCUCGGCUGCAGGAAGCGACGCCUCGUCCGGCCCGCAGCCAGCCUCGCACACAAGGUGCAGCGGCCCAGCAGACUCGAGGCUGGCUGUGGCAUCAACCCGCCGUGUGUGAUGUGUGGGAACUCCCUCAGCCCCUUCGCCGACUUCCAGUACAAGCUCCCCCUACUGGAGCGGCUGUCCCACUUUGACCCCUGUGUUCACCCCAUUUUGUCUUUUUCUGACGACGUGUCUAUGAACCUGCAUCUCCAGCGUGUCAUGAAGUCUCACUGGCAGAACAAGCCGCUCGACAAGAUGAAGCCCUUGAAGAAACUCUCGCUCAAACACAAGCUGCCCCCCAGCUGCCGCCUGCCAGAUUCAGCUUCCUACCCCAAAGACAAGCAUAAGAUGACCGGCUUGCUCAACACCCCAGUCAGGCUCCCGCACCAUAAGGUCCGGCUGGAGAAGCCUCCACGGCAGCACCUGGACAGCAUCCAGAGGGGACCUAAGCAGCAGGGCCGGCCUUUCUGCAAGGCCGAUCGCAGCCAGGCUUUCUCACACGGCGCCUACGAGCGGAGCCACGGCCACAAGAGGCCCCGGGAGCUCUCCCUGGACCGGGGGGAUGCCGCCCCUGGGGUCUUUGCGGAGUCGGGGAGCCCCUGCUCGUCCUUGGCCGGCCUGCACACGCCCAUCCACAGCCCCUUGGUCAGGCAGUUCUCCGCCUCGUCGGAGAGCCCGACGCCCUUCGCCCUCAGCCAAAGUACCAGCGGCACCCCGCCCAUCCGGAGGCGUAGGGGAGAAAGCUCCUUCGACAUCAACAACAUCGUCAUCCCCAUGUCAGUCGCUGCCACCACUCGUGUGGAAAAGCUGCAGUAUAAAGAGAUCUUAACACCCAGUUGGCGGAAGGUCGAUAUUUCGGCACAGCCCAUUGCCGAAGAGGAUGACAGCAUGGAGAUUGAGGACCUGACGGAUGCAGCCUUUUCCCAGCUCCACCUGCAGUAUGAAGACGCGGAGCGCUCCCGGUGGACCUGGACAGCCAGUGCAGCCGCUAAGAGAAGGGGAAGCAGGUCCUACAAGUCACUGGACGGACGCACGACCCCACUGCUGGGCGGCACCAAUCCCUCCACGCCGCAGCCGUCGUCUCCCGACAUGGGACACUUUCACGUGCUGCAGGAUUACAGCUUGACAGCCUCCCCCAGCAGCCCCGCCAGCCCUGACCUGAUCUCCAACCCUCAUAUGCCUGGCUCCCGGGACUCACACCGGCUGUUGUCCAGCGAGGACACUCGCUGCUCCACGCCAGACUUCACCUUCGAUGAACAGCCGGUGCAGCCAUGGGAACGAAGGAAUUUCCCCCUGGAGAGUGACCCAGUAGUAGAGCCUGCGGAGCUGGGCAGUCCGACAGAAGAGCAGCCGUGUCGAGGACUGCGACGCAUCUUGAGCUGCAAGACUAGUUCCUCCAAGUCAGAAUCCGAGAAUGAGCCUCCGUCGCCCCUCCCGGAUGAGGAGGGUCCUGUCCAGCUGAGAUUCGCCCAUCGAUAAACGGCGCGGCGUUUAUAUGGAAAAGGAGCUGCACUGAGAAGGGUCCCUGUUGUUUGAUAUUCAAACAUCAGUCAAUUUUUUCACGGUUUUUAGUGAACAUACAGAGUAUAGAUCCUGUUUUCAAGUUUGUCACAAAAACUACAAACCCAUAAUGCAUCAGUACAGGACUAGAUAGGUGGUUAAACAGCAAUUUCAGACAAAUGUGGCACCAUUUUUGUUUUGUCUUUUCUUUUCUUCCCCCCCCCCUCAUCUUAGGUGUAAAACCCAGAAUACUGUCAAAUUAAGGGAUAGUUAUCAGGAGACAUUUUCAAUUAGUUUGUGUUUUUUUUUUUUUUUUUUUUUUUGAACCCAUUAAGUUUUAAGUGAAGUGAUGAAAUACCAUCCUCACCCCCCGCCUUACUGAUAAACCCGUCCUUCUUGAGAGGUGGGUGGGGGGGGGUCAUAGCGAGACAGUUUAGAGCACUUAUGCUGCAGCAUGACGUCGAUGUGGCUAACGGGGGGGGUCCUGUCUGCUCUGCUUGAUUUUGGAUUCCCAGUCUCAGUGUGUGUGCCCCCCCACCCCCACAAUCCCUCCCCUUCAGUGACUGGAAGGCUGGGCUGGGUCAAUCUCACGGGCUGGAGCACUUGUCUUACUCAGAUUGCUGCUGUUAGACCUAAUCAUGCCGAAUUCGAGAGAAAUAAAUCUUUAGCCCAAACCAAAGCUUUUGUGUUUUUAAAACAAAAAUUAAUUACGUACAUUCGUUAA